ACACACACACACACACACACACUGAAAUGCAUUCCUAAAACCACCAGUGAAUGGGUUGUAGAGUGUCGCUGUCAGGGGUCGCCAGAGGACGAGACCUGACAGCUGUGACAUAACUUCUUAUAGUCAACUGAACACAGCGGUCAAUUUUGUGUGGGCGAGCUGCGUCAUACUCAAGGGAUGUUAAUUAACAGUGGGUAGAACGGUAUUCAGUUAUAUUUGCGUGUUUUUACCUGACAGGAUUUAGUGUUACACAGAAGCAUCAUAUUUCUGCGUCCAUCUUAGCAAUCAAACGAUAUGGAAAGAGGUGUGCUCACGGGAGGCAGCUGAUAGACCUUAACAAUUAAGUCAUUGACAGUGUGGGUCGAUGUAAAUGAAGCCUCUUCUAAAUAAGCGAUACCUCGUGUACUACUAAGUGAACUAAUGAAUCCAGAAGGGGACCGCCACCCAGUGAUACGUGGCAAAUCAUGAUGUGGUGGACUUGAGUGAUUAAACUAACGUAAUGUAAUUUGUCUCAUAUAUAUUAUUAAACGUGCGUGUAUGCUCCUGUGUUUAGCGGCUCCGUUCCCUGCAGCACCGCCACACAAAACACGGCAUGGCUCGGCCACUACCUGAUGUGUUGGGGAAGCCCGAAGUGGUCAACAGCCUGACGCAGGAUCCAGCCACCUUCAGGUUUCCCGAUGGGGCGCUGGCCACAGUGGCGGCCGUGCACUGGCAGCCACAUAUUGUCGUGACCCCGGACGCCAAGGGCAAGCUGGUGGUGUCGGGGCCAAUGGGCAAUGUUCUCAGUGUUCUCGCGGAGACACUCAACUUCACGUACAACGUGGUGUCACCGGCGGACAGAGCGUGGGGCGGCGAGCAGCCCGAUGGCAACUGGACGGGAAUGGUGGGCCAAGUGAGCCGCAAAGAAGUCGACCUCGCCCUGGGGCCAUUUGGAAUCACUUAUAACAGGACAAAAGCUGUGGACUUUACUGAGUCUCUUUUCUUCGACGCUCGGAGUAUUUUGUCGAGGAAGGGCACUCCGGAAAUCGAUCCAUGGGGCUUCCUGUACCCGCUGACAGGAUCGGUGUGGGCGGCGGUGGCGGCGGGCCUGGCGGUGGUGUGGCUGGUCAUGCUGGUGGUGGGUCGACGUCCAGGAGGAGUCGUUUCUGUGAGCUGGGCUGCAGAGGUGUUUCUGCAGAACGUACGAGUCUUCUUUAAUCAAGGUCUGACGGGCGUUGUGCUUGGACAAGGCGGAGUAUUAAUGUUGGGGUCGUGGGUGGUGGUGGCGGCCGUGGUAUUCUGGAGCUACACGGGCACCCUUACCUCCCUGCUGGCUGUGCGGCACAUUCCACAGCCCAUUCAGACACUCAGGGACCUGCUUGACGAUAGUGCUGUGUCUGUUAUCAUGCUUCCCAUGACUAUUGUCACAGACACCAUAUCGGUGAGAUUAUUUCCUGUGAAUGAAACUUGUCACUUUUCUCGAGUAGUUUUUAGUGCAUUGGCUGCAUUUUCACUGAAUAAUCUCCAUUUGCUAAGAUACAACAUAGCAUGAUGUAAUAUCACCAUGCUUUCCAUGGAGGUGUGAUAGCCUAUCGAUUGUAAGUGUCCUCCGUCGCGUAUUCUGGAAGUGAUGUUCUCUUUGUAUCACCUACAGAAAAUGAAAUCUGGAGAGCUGCGAGAACUUCAUGAAUUGAAUUUUGUGGAUCGUGUCAGGUACGAGCGAACCUCAGCCUUUCGUGAAAUGCUUGAAACAGUGGUGCGAUACGAGGGCUACUCCAUCCUAGACACCAGCUUGACCCUCGAUCUCUUGAUUGCCGGCGACUUUCUUAAAACAAACAGAUGUGAUUUCUACAAGGGAAGGCAAACUUUCUUCACCACCACUCAUUGUAUGAUAAGCCAAAAAGGCACCCCACUCCUGCAGGCUUUCAACCACAGGGUCCGCUCAAUGGUGGAAUCUGGUCUCUACAUGCACUGGUUGACGAACGCUAUCCCGGCCGUCACCACUUGCCGCUUCUCGCCUUCCAUCAUUCUGGUUCAGGAGCCACUUUCUUUCGCUAACCUCUGGGGGCUGUUCGCUGUAAUCGGUGCGGGCCAUCUUCUGGCUGCCUUGGUCUUCUGCAUGGAGAUUUGUAUUUCCCAGAAAACAAAAAACGAACCAUGAAAGCGACAGGCAUCCUCUGACUCCGCUCCCUGCUCUCUCUACACAGCAACAGUAAUUGCGAAUUCUUUAAACACCAUUUUCAUCGUGAUUUAUAUAUAAUUUACUUAUUGUUCUUCUUCAUUUAGACAUGCAACGCUUGUCACUGAAUUUUUCGUAUAAUUAUUUAAUGGAAAUGAAUAAUUGCAUCGGCAAAUCAGUCCAUUCGGAUUAUAAAUUUACGUUUGUUUGCUUUAAAAAGACUGUAACAAAUAACAUGCUCGAUUUUACAUUGAAUCAUUGGCCCUUAUAAUUGUGUCAUAGUUGAUAUCUCUCUUGAAACCAAAUCUGCCCUGUUUGUCUGAUUGUGAAUAACUGUUUAGCUCUAAAGGUCCUGCUCACUAUACCUCAUGAUUUGUAUGUAAGCAUUGCAUAUCUCGAGAUUGUAUUGCCUUUUAUGAAGACACACACACACACACACACACACACACACACACACACACACACACACACACACACACACACACACACACACACACACACAAGCAUCAGGAAGGGUAAUCUAUUAAAGAUUCUGAUACGCUUGGUUGUACUUUAG